AUGGGGUUAUAUAGCAGCAAAGACAUGAUAAAUUUAGAAGUAAUAGAAUAUGCUGGAAAUCUAAAGGAACGGGAUUAUCGAUGGCCGGAUUUUUUAAUGUCAACCUGUACUGGUCUUGUAAUGUUUCGAUUGCUAAUAAGUCCAGUAAUGUCAUUCAAGGUUCGAGCGGAUCGGCGAAGUGGUCCCCCAGCUGGACGUGACGGGGAAGUACAAAGGAUUCUCGCUCGCUUCCAUCAGGAGCUCGAGAAGGUCACCAAGAUCUACAACCGCCAGUGCGAGAAUCCUCCGCAGCUACGUGGUUUGCCGCCUGUUGCAGGCAAAAUCCAGUGGGCUCGAAGCCUAUUUCUUCAUCUAGAGGAACCGAUGAUGUUUUUCAAGGACCACGCAGUGCUCCUCAAAAUGCCGGAAGGCAAAGAAGCUGUUCGAAAGUACAAUCGAAUCGGGAAGACCUUGGUACAGUACGAACUUGCCUACUACGAUGCCUGGAGAAAGCAAAGUAUCAGCGACAUCCAGAAGUCUCUUCGGUGCACGCUGGUGGUCCGACGGCCGGAGAGCGAGGAGCUGUUCGUCAACUGGGACCCACGCAUCUCCACGCUCCUGCACGAGGCCACGAAGAUCCAGCAGCUGGGCUUCGAAGUGCCGUACAUGACGCAGCUGCUCCUCAACCGAGCGCCGCUGCUUCUUAAGAAACGGGACAUGGUUAAGGUGGGACAUGUGCUGUAUACUGAGGCACUGCUGAACGAACAUGAACGAGUGCUGUCCAAAGUCAGCAAAAAAUCUGGUCAACCUGCUGGUGCCGCACGUGACCACGCUGAAGAGGCGCUGGACCCUCUCCUGACGACGCUCACCUGGUCGUCCAUCCAGGCGCACAGCUACUUCGAGCAGGGGUUCGCCGCUAUUCGCACCUUCGAGACUCUCAUCGACAGAGUAAAUGAUAUCUUCCAACACCGAAUGGAGGGCGUGCUCGGCGCCAUGACGGGGUGCAGCCGCGUGGUGGAGGACGCCGUCCUGGAGUUGAUCGAACUCGUGCUAGUGGGCGUGGACGGCGGGGCGCCGGUCGAGCCGGGCCAGUGCCAGACGAGCUUCCUCACAGUGGACGACCUCGAUGACGGCGGAGACUUCGAUGACGGGAGAUCAGUGCUAAUUUCCAGCUGUGUAAUACGAAUCACGUUAAUGUCAUCAGGCGGAGGGUCGUCACGACGCAGUCCGGUGCCAGUUGCAGAGGGGCACUUCACGGCCACACUCGAACUUCCGGCAAAACCACUCACGACUCAGGAAAAAGCAGUCCGCAAGAAAAAAAGAAAUGAGGGAAAGCAAUAUUCAGUGUGGCCAAAGGUCCUUCAGUCUUUAAGACACGUUGACCAACUGUACUUUAACCUUCCUGCACACUGUGGAGUCCGCAGCGCGAGACCUUCGGCGCAACUACACCGCCGAGUCCUGGACGUCCUCAUCAAGUCCGUUCGCGGCGCCCUGGAGUCCAUCCGCAAGCACACCUCCGUCGUCCCUCCGCUCUCCAAGCUGAACGAAGCUAGCAUUAGAAGGUCCAAUGACAGACCGGAGGACCUGGGCAUUGCGUUGGUAGAGCUCAGCGUAUCCUUGGUGUCCCCCGGCGUGCAAGUGAGCCCCAGCCUCGACCAAGUGCAGGAGGCCAUCAACAAAGUGGCUAAAAUCAUCCUCUCCACGCCAAGGGUGUCUCGCAGUGGAUUCGUUGCCGCCGCUCAGCCCCAAGUUGGAGACAGAGAUUCCAUUGGUGGUCGAAAGUCACGAAAGAAAGUCAUUGUGUACGAGGUACCAGCAAUGCCCAAAAACUAUUACACACAUGUCCUGGAAAGUAAAGACGUGUCGAAAGUCAUGAGCCACAUGUCCAACUCUUUCCAGUCAACUAGAAAUGAGGUUCAUAACACUUUCAAUAUUGGGAACAAUAUCAUCAUCUAUGGAGAGUCGACAAAGACGCUGCAAUUAAAGAAAAAGCAAAUCAAUGCAGAAGAAUGCCAUUAUCGGGUUGGGGCUCUUGCCCUCAAUACAGAGAACCUGAAGAAGGCUCUAGCAGAGGAAGCGUCCCUAUGGGUGGAUAAGUUCGGUGAGGCGCUGAAGGUCAAUUACAUGAAGGAAAUGGAAAGACUUUUCGCUCAGCUGAACGAACUUUCCCGGCGACUGGAGCGGCCGCUUAAAGACCUGGACGACAUUAAGGGUGCGAUUGACAUCCUGCGCAAGACACGUGACCUCGAACUUGACAUGGACGAUGCUAUAGAACCUAUAGAGGAAUCUUUUGGGUUACUUGUCAAAUACGAACUGGGACUGUCUCAAGAAGAAGCUGAGAAAGUGGACAACCUGCGUUUCACUUGGCAGAAGGUCCUUGCUCAGGCUGUAGAGGUGCAGAAUCUGCUUUCUCGCGUACAGCCAUACUUCAGAAAUGAGCUCAUCCACAACGUGGCGCAGUUCAAGAAAGACUGCAACAAGUUCGUGCAUGACUAUCGGACGCAGGGUCCAUGGUCUGGCCUGGCGCCAGAGGACGCGUCAGACAGGCUCAUAGUAGCACAGAAUCGCUUCGAUACUCUGUGGCGAAAGCACUCGAGCUACUCGGUGGGCGAGGAGCUGUUCCGCCUCCCGCGAUCCGAGUUCCCCGAGCUGGGCCAGAUUCGCAAGGAGCUUAACCUGCUCCAGAAGCUUUACAAAUUGUAUAAUGAUGUUAUUGACCGCGUCUCGUCCUACUAUGAAAUUCCGUGGAGUGAAGUCAACAUCGAGGAGAUUAACAACGAGUUGAUGGAAUUCCAAAACAGAUGUCGCAAACUGCCUAAAGGCCUAAAGGAAUGGCCGGCCUUCAACGCCCUCAAGAAGACGAUCGACGACUUCAACGACAUGUGUCCGCUCCUGGAACUCAUGUCCAAUAAGGCCAUGAAGCCCCGCCACUGGCAGCGCAUCGCGGAGGAUCAACAAGCCCUCGACGUGGACAGCGAGAACUUUUGCCUCAGGAACAUCAUGGACUCGCCACUCCUGCAGUUCAAGGAAGAUAUAGAGGACAUCUGCAUCUCGGCCGUGAAGGAGAAGGACAUCGAGGCCAAGCUGCGGAUCGUGACGAACGAGUGGGCGAGCCACGACCUGACCUUCUCCACCUUCAAGAACCGCGGCGAACUGCUGCUCCGAGGCGACACGACCGCCGAGGUCAUAACGCAGCUCGAGGACUCGCUCAUGGUGCUGGGGUCGCUCUUGUCCAACAGGUACAACGCUCCGUUCCGAAAGCAGAUCCAGAAGUGGGUGAGCGAUCUGUCCAACACCAAUGAAAUUCUGGAACGGUGGUUGUUCGUUCAGAAUCUGUGGGUUUAUCUCGAAGCUGUGUUCGUCGGCGGAGACAUCGCAAAGCAGCUUCCCAAGGAAGCCAAAAGAUUCUACGUCAUUGACAAGAGCUGGCAAAAGAUCAUGGUUCGCGCUCACGACAACCCCAACGUGGUGUGCUGCUGUGGGGAUGACAUGCUGAAGCAGCUGCUGCCGUACCUGCAGGACCAGCUGGAGCUCUGUCAAAAGAGCCUGUCAGGGUACCUGGAAAAGAAGCGCCUCAUGUUUCCCCGCUUUUUCUUCGUGUCUGACCCGGCCCUGCUCGAGAUUCUGGGCCAGGCUUCGGACUCGCACACCAUCCAGGCGCACCUCAUGUCCAUCUUCGACAACACCAAGACUGUCCGCUUCCAUGAGCAGGACUACGACCGGAUCACUGCCAUUUCUUCGUGUGAGGGGGAGAUGGUUCAGCUUGAGAAGCCGGUGCGGGCGGAGGGCAGCGUUGAGGUGUGGCUCAUGAAGCUGUUGGUCAUGUGUCAGCAGUCAGUUCACGGCAUCAUCCGCCAGGCGCAUCACGUCAUCCAGGACCCUGACCUAAACGUCCUGCGCUUCUUGGAGCAGUUCCCCGCACAGGUGGGCAUCCUGGGGCUGCAGAUGAUCUGGACGAGAGACUCGGAGGCCGCGCUGACGCAGUCCCGCGCUGACCGCCGGGUCAUGGCCGAGAUGAACAAUCGUUUCCUGGAUCUUCUCAAUCUGCUCAUUAACCAAACGACGCGCGACUUGGAACCGGUGCAGAGGACCAAAUACGAAACGCUGAUCACGAUCCAUAUUCACCAGAGGGAUAUUUUCGAUAGUCUGUGUCGGAGGAAUGUGCGGUCGGUGUCGGACUUCGACUGGCUGCGUCAGUGCCGGAUCUACUUCCGCGAGGACAUGGACAAGACCAACAUCGUCCUCACCGACGUCACCUUCCACUACCAGAACGAGUUCGUGGGCUGCACCGAGCGCCUCGUCAUCACGCCCCUGACGGACAGGUGUUACAUAACGCUGGCGCAGGCGCUGAGCAUGAGCAUGGGAGCGUGCCCCACCGGGCCAGCGGGCACUGGCAAAACUGAGACUACUAAGGACAUGGGAACGCUUGGAAAGUACGUCGUCGUCUUCAACUGCUCGGACCAAAUGGAUUACCGCGGUUUAGGCAGAAUCUAUAAAGGGCUAGCCCAGUCCGGGUCGUGGGGCUGCUUCGAUGAGUUCAACCGCAUUGAGCUCCCAGUGCUGUCGGUGGCGGCGCAGCAGAUCGCGGUGGUUCACACGUGCAAGAAGGAGCGCCGCAAGACCUUCACCUUCACCGACGGUGACGUCAUUACCAUGAAUCCCGAGUUCGGAAUCUUCCUGACCAUGAAUCUGGGCUACCACGGCCGCCAAGAACUGCCCGAGAAUCUGAAGAUCCAGUUCCGAAACGUGGCGAUGAUGGUGCCAGAUCGCCAAAUUAUCAUCAGGGUCAAGCUGGCGUCUUGCGGUUUCCUGGAGAACAUCACUCUGGCGCGCAAGUUCUUCACGCUGUACAAGCUCUGCGAGGAGCAGCUUACUAAACAGGUUCACUACGACUUCGGCCUGCGCAACAUUCUGUCUGUGCUGCGAACCCUGGGCGCCGCGAAGAGGGCCAAUGCCAAGGACUCGGAGUCGACCAUCGUUAUGCGGGUCCUCAGGGACAUGAAUCUCUCGAAGCUCGUUGACGAGGACGAACCGCUCUUCAUGUCCCUCAUCGACGAUCUGUUCCCCAAUAUGGCCCAAGAAAAAGGCUACAACAACCAUCUCACCAACAAUAUCGCUGAGAUCGUGGUCGAACUCGGCCUCAUCCAGCAUGCACCCUGGCAGCUGAAGCUCAUUCAGCUGUACGAGACCCAGCGGGUCAGGCACGGCAUGAUGACGCUCGGGCCCAGCGGAGCCGGAAAGACGACGUGCAUCCAGGUCCUCAUGAAGGCCCUCACGAAGAUGGGGCAGCCACACAGGGAGAUGCGCAUGAACCCGAAGGCCAUCACGUCCGCGCAGAUGUUCGGGCGGCUGGACGUGGCCACCAACGACUGGACGGACGGCAUCUUCUCAACGCUCUGGAGGAAGACGCUCAAGGCGAAGAAAGGCGAGCAUAUCUGGCUGGUGUUGGACGGCCCCGUCGACGCCAUCUGGAUUGAGAACCUCAACUCUGUGCUGGACGACAACCGGACGCUGACGCUGGCCAACGGAGACCGAAUCCCGAUGUCUCCCUGCUGCAAAGUCAUCUUCGAACCGGCCAACAUUGACAACGCUUCUUCUGCGACGGUGUCCAGGAACGGGAUGGUGUAUAUGAGUUCGUCUGGACUAGACUGGCAGCCCCUCCUGCAGGCGUGGUUAAGGACGCGACCCCACUACGAGCAACCAAUUAUCAGUGACCUCUUCGCUAAGAACUUCUUGUCGCUGUUCACGUGGUGCAAGCAAAACCUGCGGCUCUGCAUCCCCAUCCUCCAGGUCAAUGUCAUCACACAGGCCAUAACCCUCCUGGAGGGCCAACUGCCGGAGGGAGAAGACCCCACGCACCAGGCCACGGUCCAGGAGCACAUUCAGCGCCUCUAUGUGUUCACAAUGAUGUGGAGUCUGGGCUGCUUCAUGGAGCUGGCCGACCGUGCCAAGAUGGAGCAUUACAUGCGAGGUAAUUGCAGUGACCUUGACCUUCCACCUCAAGGGGGAGCAGAUGAUUCCAUGUUCGACUACCGCGUGGACGAGAAUGGUUGGUGGCAACACUGGGGAACGCGCGUAUCAGAGUAUGUAUACCCAGACACAGGCACUCCGGAUUACAACUCCAUUCUUGUGCCAAAUGUGGACAAUGUGCGAAUGGACUUCCUCAUCCACACGGUGGCGCAGCAAGGGAAGGGUGUGCUGCUGAUAGGCGAGCCGGGGUCUGCCAAGACAGUCACCAUUAAUGCCUUCAUGAAGAAGUAUAACCCUGAGGAUCAUCUUUAUCGCAACUUCAACUUCUCGUCAGCCUCCACGCCUCUAUAUUUCCAGCGCACCAUCGAAAGUUACAUCGACAAAAGGAUGGGCAGCACGUUCGGUCCUCCUGCCGGGAAAACCAUGACAGUCUUCAUCGACGACCUCAACAUGCCGCACAUCAACGACUGGGGCGAUCAGCCAACGAAUGAAAUCGUGCGCCAGACUAUGGAAAUGGGUGGAUUCUAUAGCCUUGAGAAACCUGGGGACUUUAUUCACGUAGUUGACAUCCAGUUCCUGGCAGCCAUGGGGCAUCCGGGUGGCGGUCGCAACGACAUACCGGCGCGCCUGAAGCGCCACUUUUGCAUCUUCAACUCCACCAUCCCGUCGGAGAACUCCAUUGAUAAGAUCUUCGGAGUGAUCGCCCGAGGGCACUUCAGCAGUAAGAGAGGCUUCAACCAGGAAGUUAGGGACAUGCUGGAGAGACUCAUUCCACUCACUAGGAAGCUGUGGGCACACACCAAGUGCAAGCUGCUUCCGACGCCCGCGAAGUUCCACUACGUAUUCAACCUCCGAGAUUUGUCGCGCAUCUGGGAAGGAAUGCUGGGCGCAGCACCCAAUGUGAUCACGUCCGGCGACGCCCUCUUGGCAUUGUGGCGCCACGAAUGCUGCAGAGUCAUUUCUGACAGGUAUGAUUUAAUUGGCGCUCGUCCUGCAGAGGCAUAAGAGCGUUAGUAGUCACGAUUUCAUAUAACCUAUGUCGCCAAUACUUCGUUAGAUCUAAGUGUGGGUCAUUGUUCCAAAUACCCCUGCAGGUUCACCACGCCAAAGGACGUGACCUGGUUCGAGGAUUCGCUGGUGACGGUAACAAAAGAGGAGUUGGGCCACCGCGCGACGGAUGCCAUAACUCGCUCCGAAAACUUUGUGGACUUCCUCAGAGAUGCCCCUGAGCCAACAGGAGACGAGGGCGAAGACCUGGACAUGGAGAUGCCGAAGGUGUAUGAACCCAUCCCGUCCUUCACCGCCCUGGAGGAGCGCCUUCAGAUGUUCCUAGCUCAGUACAACGAGAUGGUUCGCGGCACCGGCAUGGACCUCGUGUUCUUUAAAGAUGCAAUGAUCCAUCUCACGAGGAUCUCCCGGAUCAUUCGAAAUCCAGGCGGCAACGCUCUCCUUGUGGGCGUGGGCGGGUCUGGCAAGCAGUCCCUCACCAAACUGGCCUCCUUUAUCGCCGGGUACAAGACCUUCCAGAUCACGCUCACCAGGUCAUACAACACUGCUAACCUAUUGGAAGACCUGAAAGUGUUGUACAGAACGUGUGGAAUUCAAGGGAAAGGUACAACCUUUAUCUUCACAGACCAGGAGGUGAAGGAGGAGGCUUUCCUGGAAUACCUAAACAACGUUUUGUCAUCAGGUAUGGUGAGCAACCUGUUCAACCGCGACGAGCAGGGCGAGAUCGUGAGCGAGCUGAUUCCCGUGAUGAAGCGCGAGCACCCGCGGCGGCCGCCCACGCCCGAGAACGUCAUGGACUACUUCCUCACCCGCACGCGCCACAACCUGCACGUCGUUCUCUGCUUCUCGCCGGUCGGCGAGAAGUUCAGGAACCGCGCCAUGAAGUUCCCGGGCCUGAUUAGCGGCUGCACUAUCGACUGGUUCCAGCCGUGGCCGAAGGAGGCGCUGGUGGCGGUGGCGUCGCACUUCCUCAAGGCUUAUGAGAUCAUUAGCACCAAAGAGGUCAAGACGAGCUUGGUCAAAGGCAUGGGAACCAUUCACGACAACGUGUCUCAGUUAUGCACGGAGUACUUCCAAAGGUACCGUCGAGCGGCACACGUCACGCCCAAGUCGUUCCUGUCGUUCAUCAGCAUCUACAAGAAGAUCUACAACUCGAAGCGCGAGGAGAUCGGCGAGUCGGCCAACAGGAUGACCUCCGGCCUCGACAAGCUGCAGGAGGCUUCGGUGGCCGUCAAGAGACUUCGGGAGGAGCUGUGCGUCAUGGAGGACGAGCUGGCCGUCGCUUCGAAGAAGGCCGAGAAGAUCCUGGUGGAGGUGACCAAGCGAGCGGAGGAGGCGGAGGGCAUCAAGGAAGAGGUGGAGAAGGUCCGCGACAAGGCCCAGGCGCUCGUCGACGACAUCGCCACAGACAAGUCGCUCGCGGAGGAGAAGCUGGAGGCGGCGAGGCCGGCCCUGGAGGAGGCCGAGGCGGCGCUCAACACGAUCAAGCCAGCGCAUAUUGCGACGAUCCGGAAGCUGGGUCGGCCUCCGCACCUCAUCAUGCGCAUCAUGGACUGUGUCCUGCUGCUGUUCCAGCGCCACGUGCAGCCCGUCAAGCCGGACUCCGUGGCGCCGUGCCCGAAGCCCUCUUGGCCCGACAGCCUUAAGAUGAUGGCCAGCACAACAUUCCUGCUUUCGCUGCAGAAUUUCCCGAAGGACACCAUCAACGAUGAGGUGGUGGAACUUCUGGAGCCCUAUUUCAAUAUGGAGGACUACGACAUGGACACCGCUAACCGCGUGUGCGGUGACGUGGCCGGCCUGCUGUCUUGGACCCGAGCUAUGGCCGUCUUCUUCGGAGUCAACAAGGAGGUCCUGCCCCUAAAGGCGAACCUGGCGCUACAGGAGGCGCGAUUGCGCGUCGCCAUGGGGGACCUGGAGCGGGCGCAGGCCGAGCUGGAUGACAAGCAGCGAGAGUUGGACAUGGUGCGCGGGCAGUACCAAUGUGCUCUGGCGGAGAAACAGAAGCUAAUCGACGCCGCAAACGUGUGCCGUAGGAAGAUGCAGGCGGCGGCGACGCUGAUCAACGGCCUGGCAGGAGAGAAGGUGCGCUGGACGCAGCAGAGCAAGGCCCUGCGGCAGCAACUGGGCCGGCUGGCGGGCGACGUCCUGGUGACCACGGCCUUCCUCUCGUACGCGGGCCCCUUCAACCAGGAGUACCGCACCAAGAUGAUGAUCACGUGGUACAAGAUGAUGGACACCCGGAAGGUUCCCUACACACAGGAACUGGACGUCACUACGUGGCUCGUAGAUAAUGCAACUGUUUCGGAGUGGAACCUCCAGGGACUUCCCAACGACGAACUCAGCAUCCAGAACGGCUUGAUCGUCACCAAAGCAUCUUGUUACCCAUUACUGAUCGACCCGCAAGGCCAGGGCAAGAUCUGGAUUAAGAACAGGGAAGCUAUGAACGAGCUGCAGAUCACAUCUCUCAAUCACAAGUACUUCCGCACCCACCUGGAGGACUCGCUCUCGCUCGGCCGCCCGUUGCUGAUUGAGGACGUGGAGGAGGAGUUGGAUCCCGUCCUGGACAAUCUCUUGGAGAGGAACUUCAUCAAAUCAGGAUCCAUACUAAAGGUCGUCGUCGGAGAUAAAGAGUGCGACGUCAUGCCGGGAUUCAUGCUGUACAUGACCACAAAACUCUCCAACCCGGCCUACACGCCCGAGGUGUCGGCCAAGACCUCCAUUAUUGACUUUACCGUCACAGUGCAUGGCCUCGAGGACCAGCUUUUAGGUAGAGUCAUCAGGACCGAGAAGAGGGAGUUGGAAAACGAACGCGUCGCGCUCAUCGAGGAGGUGAUGGAAAAUAAGCGUAAAAUAAAGGAACUCGAAGAUAACCUUUUGUACCGUCUCACUUCAGUACAGGGCUCACUGGUGGACGACGAGGACCUGAUCGUCGUGCUGCAGGAAACCAAGGCGACUGCCCAGGACGUGAGCACGAAGCUGCACAUCGCCUCGGAGACCGAGCGGAAGAUCAACGGCGCCCGCGAGGAGUACCGUCCCGUGGCCACUCGCGGCUCCAUCCUCUACUUCCUCAUCACCGACAUGGCUGCCGUGUCAUGCAUGUAUCAGACCUCCCUCAGGCAGUUCCUCGUCCUCUUCGACAUGUCGAUGACAAGAUCAGAGAAGAGCAACAAUCCCAAGAACAGAAUCAUCAACAUCAUUAAAUUCCUGACUGCUCAGGUUUGGAGGAAUGCCUGCCGCGGAUUUUAUGAACGCCAUAAGCUCCUGUUCACUCUGCUAUUGGCCAUGAAGAUAGAUUUGCAGUCUGGUCAUAUUUCUCACGAUGAGUUCAUGAAGUUUAUCAAAGGAGGCGCGUCCCUCGACCUGAAAGCCGUGCAGCCGAAGCCUUUCCGCUGGAUCCUCGACAUCACGUGGCUCAACUUGGUCGAGCUCAGCAAGCUGGGCCAGUUCGCCAACAUUCUCGACCAGAUCGUCGAAAAUGAGAAGGACUGGAAGGUUUGGUUUGAGAAGGAGAAGCCGGAAGAGGAAGAACUACCUUGCGGAUACUCUCGCAACCUCGAUAUGUUCCGCCAACUUCUUCUGAUCCGCUCCUGGUGUCCUGACCGCACCCUCUCGCAGGCACGGAGAUACAUUCGAAAUUUGUCAACUUGUAAACAAACACACUUCGGUAAGGCCCCACAUGUGACCGAACACAGUUUACCUUCAAUUUCUCGAUCGCACACAUUUGUCAUGAGUAGAUUAAUGUCUGAUAUGACCUUCCCAUGA